UUUUACAAGCUUUUCCCCUCCUUGUCUAGUGCCACGUCCGGAGGUAUUCUAGACAGAGCUGUAGAAGCAGAGGACAGAAAGCAUGGAGAUCUCCUGAGGCUGGACCAUGUUGAAGGGUACCUUGAAUUGUCCGCCAAGACAAAGAUAUAUUUUGCUACUGCUGUUGCUACGUGGGAUGCAGAUUUUUAUGUCAAAGUUGAUGAUGAUGUCCACGUAAAUAUAGCGACACUAGGAGAAACUCUAGUCAGACACCGAAAGAAACAGCGCCUGUACAUUGGAUGCAUGAAAUCUGGUCCUGUUCUAGCACAGAAGGGAGUGAGAUACCAUGAACCUGAGUAUUGGAAAUUUGGUGAACCUGGAAACAAGUAUUUCCGUCAUGCUACAGGACAGCUAUAUGCCAUUUCAAAAGAUUUGGCUACGUAUAUAUCAAUAAACCAGCAUGUCCUACACAGGUACGCUAACGAGGAUGUCUCUUUGGGAGCUUGGUUUAUUGGACUUGAUGUGCAGCAUAUCGAUGAUAGGAGACUGUGUUGUGGCACCCCACCUGGUAAGUCUUGUCUAAUUCAAAAUUAUUAAGUUGGUAACUUAGGAAUGAUUUGAAAAGCAAAUGGCCUUGUUUGGGCGCAAUAACUUGUCUUGCUGAAGAAUACUGUUUCAGAUCUUGCACAAGCAGGGUGAAUUCCACUUUAAGUAAU